CAGUGGGCGUGGUUAGUGUGAGCCAGAGUGGAGUUGAAGGAUGCGGGAGGAAGAGAGUGAGGAGCUGUACCUGGAGUGUUAGCUGAGUUAUCCGGGGAGCACACUCAGUCUGAAUCAUGCGCUUCGUCAGCUCUGCAACUCACUGGGAGUGGUGUGGAAAUUGUGCAAGAUACGGAUAAGACACGUUGCCAUCAAAUGUCGCGCUGUUGCUAAGAAGUUUCCCGUUAACGGUAUAUAAGAGAAUAUCAUGCUCGCGCAGGAGUUUUUCUUCCCGUCGCGGAGUUGUUUCUGCUGACGCCGUAAAUCACGGCUGAAGUUUGUUAGUUAACGUGGAAAAGGCAGCAGGUUGACUGGAAAGCUGCUUGAAAUAGUUACAAUCCAAAACAGUUUAGAAAGAAGGACUGGAAGAUGGGGAACGCAGGGAGUAUGGAGCAGCACACCGACCCGAGAGGACACAACAUGCCGUUAAAACUGCCCAUGCCGGACCCGGGGGAAUUAGAGGAGCGCUUUGCGGUUGUUUUGAAUUCUAUGAAUUUGCCUCCAGACAAAGCCCGGUUACUGCGGCAGUAUGACAACGAGAAGAAGUGGGAGCUCAUCUGCGAUCAGGAAAGAUUCCAAGUGAAAAACCCUCCUCACACAUAUAUCCAGAAGUUGAAGAGUUAUCUGGACCCAGCAGUCACCAGGAAGAAAUUCCGCCGGAGAGUUCAAGAAUCCACUCAGGUGCUGAGAGAACUAGAAAUUUCAUUAAGGACUAAUCACAUUGGAUGGGUGCGUGAGUUUCUAAACGAGGAGAAUAAGGGCCUGGACGUGUUGGUGGAGUAUCUCUCAUUUGCACAGUAUGCUGUCACAUUUGAUGGUGAUAGUUUUGAGAAUGGCACAGACAAUGCAAUGGACAAGUCUAAAUCUUGGAGUCGCUCUAUCGAAGAUCUCCACAAUCUACCCUCUCCGAUUCCAGGAAGCAUCAGCAGAGCUGGGAGACACUCUACAUUAAGAUGUAAUACAUUGCCCAGCAGAAGAACAUUGAAGAAUUCGAGAUUGCUGUGUAAGAAAGACGACGUUCACGUCUGCAUUAUGUGCCUGCGAGCCAUUAUGAACUAUCAGUAUGGCUUCAACAUGGUUAUGUCCCACCCUCAUGCUGUGAAUGAAAUUGCACUAAGUCUGAACAACAAGAACCCCAGGACGAAAGCGCUAGUACUGGAGCUGCUGGCUGCUGUGUGUCUAGUCAGAGGGGGGCAUGAGAUCAUUCUCGCUGCUUUUGAUAACUUUAAAGAGGUUUGUUCAGAAAAUCAACGCUUUGAGAAGCUGAUGGAGCACUUCAAGAAUGAGGACAAUAACAUCGACUUUAUGGUGGCCUGUAUGCAGUUCAUAAACAUUGUGGUCCACUCAGUAGAAGAUAUGAAUUUCAGAGUGCACCUACAAUAUGACUUCACGAAACUAUGUUUGGACGAGUACCUGGAUAAGCUGAAGCACACUGAGAGCGAUAAAUUGCAGGUGCAGAUCCAGGCCUACCUGGAUAACGUGUUCGAUGUGGGAGCUCUGUUAGAGGAUGCUGAGACGAAGAACGCGGCGCUGGAACGAGUGGAGGAGCUGGAGGAGAGCAUUUCUCAUAUGACAGAGAAGUUACAGGACACAGAAAAUGAAGCUAUGGCAAAGAUUGUGGAACUGGAGAAGCAGCUAAUGCAUAAGAAUAAGGAACUGGACUCUAUACGGGAAGUCUACAAGGAUGCUAACUCGCAGGUGCACACGCUGAGGAGGAUGGUGAAGGAGAAGGAUGAGGCCAUUCAGAGGCAGUGCAAUCUGGAGAAGAAGAUUCAUGAACUGGAAAAGCAAGGAACCAUCAAGAUCCAGAAGAAAGGAAAUGGGGAUAUUGCCAUCCUGCCCUCUGCUCCAUCUACUAACGGCCUGCUGGCGGGCACGGAGGGUGUGAUGGGGGUACCCGGGGGUGCCAUGGUGGGUCCUGUGGGACCGAGUAACGGUGUAGAACCAGGCAUGUCCAUGCCACCACCUCCCCCUCCGCCACCGCCUAUGCCUGCGUCACUACCAAACGGUCCAUCAGCUGUGCUCGAGCCACCCCCUCCUCCUCCUCCUCCUCCACCACCGCCCCCUCUUCCAGGCUCUGGCAUCGGUGUGCUGGAAUCUUCCCCUAUGCCCCCACCUCCACCACCCAUGGCACCACCUCUACCAGGCUGUGGAUCCCCCACUGUAAUCUUCAAUUCAGGUCUCGCAGCUGUGAAGAUUAAGAAGCCAAUCAAAACGAAAUUCCGAAUGCCAGUGUUUAACUGGGUGGCACUGAAGCCCAACCAGAUCAAUGGCACUGUCUUCAAUGAGAUCGAUGAUGAGAGGAUACUAGAGGAUCUGAAUGUAGAUGAGUUUGAGGAGAUAUUUAAGACAAGAGCUCAGGGCCCUGCUAUUGAUGUCACUUCUAGCAAGCAGAAGACCAUCCAGAAGGUUCCUAAUAAAGUUUCACUACUGGAUUCCAACAGGGCCAAAAAUCUGGCCAUCACACUCCGAAAAGUGGGCAAGACUCCGGAGGAAAUCUGCAAAGCAAUUCAGAUGUUUGACUUGCGGAUGUUGCCGGUGGACUUUGUGGAGUGUCUGCUGCGCUUCAUUCCCACAGAGCCCGAGGUAAAAAUGUUACGGCAGUAUGAGAAAGAGAAAAAGCCACUGGAAAACCUUACGGAUGAAGACCGCUUCAUGAUGCAGUUCAGCAAAAUCGAACGCCUCAUGCAGAAGAUGACUAUUAUGGCAUUUGUGGGGAACUUUAGUGAGAGCGUGCAGAUGCUCACUCCGCAACUGCACGCCAUCAUCGCAGCAUCUGUGUCCAUCAAGUCUUCACAGAAACUUAAGAAAAUCCUGGAGAUUAUAUUGGCUCUUGGGAACUACAUGAACAGCAGUAAAAGAGGGGCAGUGUAUGGCUUUAAACUUCAGAGUUUAGACUUGUUAAUAGAUACCAAAUCAACAGACAGGAAGAUAACACUGUUGCACUACAUUGCAAAUGUAGUGAAGGAGAAGUACCAGCAGGUGGCACUGUUCUAUAACGAGCUCCAUUAUGUGGAAAAAGCAGCAGCAGUCUCUUUAGAGAAUGUGCUGAUGGACGUGAAGGAGCUCCAGAGAGGAAUGGAUCUAACUAGGAGAGAGUAUAGCAUGCAUGGCCACAACACGCUGCUCAAAGACUUCAUACAUCUCAAUGAGAGCAAGCUCAAGAAAUUACAGGAUGAUGCCAAAAUUGCACAGGAUGCUUUUGAUGAGGCAGUAAAGUUUUUUGGGGAGAGUUCCAAAACCAUGCCUCCAUCAGUGUUCUUCCCUGUGUUUGUGCGCUUUGUGAAGGCAUACAGGCAAGCAGAGGAGGAAAAUGAGCAGAGGAAAAGGCAGGAGCAGAUGCUGAUGGAAAAGCUGCUAGAGCAGGAGGCCAUGGAGCAGGAAAAUCAGAAGUCUCCUUCUCAUAAGAAUAAACGACAGCAGCAGGAGCUGAUAGCUGAGUUGAAGAAGAAGCAAGUGAAGGACAGUCGGCAUGUUUACGAGGGAAAAGACGGGACCAUUGAGGACAUUAUCACUGCCUUAAAGAAGAAUAAUAUUACUAAAUUUCCAAAUGUGCACUCGAGGGUAAGGAACUCGUCCAGUAGCACCCCAGUGGUGAUGGAUGGUACUCAAACCUGAUCUAAGAAACCAGCCUUACAGGCGCGCUGAUGCGGUGAGGAGGAGUGUCCGGAGACGUUUUGAUGAUCAGAGCUUACGGCCAAUCAACAAUGCAGAGCUGGUGAUGUAACGAAGGCAGAGUGGAUGUGAUUGGUUGGGAUUGGAGUGGCUGAGAGAUUGUCAGCCUCUCUCUGUUUGAAAAGGACUGAUGAAGAAUUGAAAGAGUGAGGAAGUUUGUCCUAAGGGCCAAAAGCUCAAGCUACUUUUGACCAAGUGCCUGAAUUUAACAUUUGUGUGAUAUUGUCUUUUUACAUUUAUUAUGUAUUGUAUUAUUUCAAGCAAUAGGAACUUUUGCUCAUUUACCACAGUGUCACUUGUAAAACUGGAUAUGAACAUUAUUUCCAUACAGAUGGAGAUACACUAGUAUGGAAAUCCAUAGUGAACUCGUACAUUCCGGUAGUAAUUACCAUAUUGCUUUUACUGCACAAUGUUGUCCAAAAACACUUUUUCCUAUAUGUGGACAAGGGCUGGGUGUAUUCUUAAAGAUUACAGGCAUGUUGAGCUUAUUGCAAAUCAAAAAGGAAUGGAAAGGCUACGUAGCAUUUUUGAAUGACAACAUGGCAGGUUUUAUGAAGACCAGUUUUAUUAAAAAUGAUAGAGGGUUUGUGGAGAAGUAUUAAUGGAAACGGUGAAAGGCUGUGUAAAGUAGAUGGUUCCAAGUUAAUGUGAAAUGUAUAUAAUGUAAGCAUUGUCACUCAGCAGUGUUAACAGACCAAAAUCCAAUCAGCUCACAAUUACAUGAAAGCAUUCAAAUAUUUGUCAUGCCACUAUCUCCAAGCUAUAUCACAGUAACGUGGACUAAUAAAGUUGUGCCCAAGUGCCCCUCAGCUUUUAGUGAGUAGCUGACCUUCAGUGGGAAGAUACAAAAUCUGUAGCAGAUGGACUGGAUCCAAUAUUCAGGACUGUUUUAGUACAAUUACAGUAUAAGCCAAAGAAAAAAAAGACCACCACCUCGGACACCUGAUUCACCAUUUGUGAACAUUCUUUAAAAAGUACUGAUGCAGAGGCACUUGUGCUGUGUCUCAGCUAACACAUCUGAAGUAGAUUAUUCAACCACUGAAGCCAGCCUUUCUCCGUAUGGCUUAUGCAGACCACUCAACUGAGUGCCACUUCUUUUUUUUGGCUUCCAGCUCUAUGUAAGAAAAAGCCUAGAAACGCUUUUUAAUUGUACAGAUAUUUUUGCUACAAAAUGGUUGCAUUUUAAAAAAAAAACAAAAAAAAAAAAAAACCUUCUUAACCUUCAUUAGCAUAAGGUUAAUAUUGUACAUAUUGAUUUCAUCAUCCUUUUACUCCAUUUGAAUGUUAUUUUAACUUAUAGUUUUGUUUUUUUUCCAUUUUGUGUAUUUAAUUAAACAAAAAACAUGAAUUUGUCGUAUCUUUGAUAAAGUAUGUAGCAGAGUUCUCAGAUUUUACGCUUGCCUGGCAGUAUUAAAGGCAAUAGAAUAACUGGCACAAUCUGACACCACAUAACGCAUCACUAAGUAAUACUGACACGUCUGCCUGUAUGCUGCAGUCUCAUGUCCUUUAUGCAUUCCAUCUAUAGACCAAUGGAUCAAACUGGCAUGCCUUCUUGUCCUCUAAUCAAAAAUGUAUCUUCUGGCAUUGUGUUGUUAUAACAGAAUUUGAUUUGAAUAACUCAUUGUUUUUAGAGACACAAUUCAAUGCCAAUGAUUGAAUAAACUAUUUACAUAACUUUAA